CAGACGCACUCCGAAUCUUCUCAACCCUCACGUAUGUUGGCCUGCCCCCCACCCUCACGGCCGCGUUGCAGGGGACUCGGCAGGCCACACAAGCACUUUGCAGUAAAACGUGGCGAGAGACGAGAGAGGUCACAAGCCUGCGAGCUUCUAUUCAAGCACUCAAUCCCAAUGGGUGCGCCGUAAUAGUAUCGCCGAGGGGCACCUUUGCCCGGCGACAACGGACGCCCAAGGCCGAACAGCAGACCGCUAGCAUAAAAGUCAUUGCCAUGUCAAAGGACGCCCUGACCGCCGUCGUCGGAGUACAGAAUCCAUCGGGGGACCUGCAGCUGCCAUUCUCGAAACCGCGACUUAUUAGACAUAUUACAGUCGGGUUACGGCAUUUUUCCGGAUCCAGUCGGAUGACAGUGCAGCAGAGUUCAGCUGAGGAGGCCGUUUAAAGAAAUGAUUGGCACAACCCGCAGGGAGCCUGCAGGUGGCUUGGUGCCAACGUUGUUUGUACCUCUGGACUUGAGGCUCCUUGGACGACAGCGGGCGGCGAGGAGCAGCGCAGCGGCGGGGGUCCCUCCCUCUUCUACUCCCUUUAUUGUGCUCUCAAGCUGUGCUGCCCCUCACUGUGACUCGGUGUCGAGCCAGCCAGCGUGCUCUCGGGGAUCCAAACAGUGUUUUGCGUCAAUCAUCCGUUGCACUCUAGCUGCCUUGGGUCCGUUUGUUCAUCAUGUCGGAAGAUACCACGGCACAAGAAGCAGCGCUCAAGGCUAAUCGAGCGCUCUGGCGCCGCGCGCUGGCCAACUUGCGCGAGGGCGGCGGCGCGGGCGGCGCUGGUGACAACCAGGACGCCGGCGACGACGAAGAGCUCACGCUCGAGCUCGUCCAGGAGACGCUCCAGGUCGCAAAGCGUCUCCAGACACAGCACGACAAAGACCGGACCAGAUUUACCAUUCGCAACAAGGAGUACGUCGUCGCCGAGAUCUUCGGGCGUAUUGUGACGCGUAUCGACGCCUUCAAGAGCGCCAUCGACAAUGGCGUGGCUCUCGACGUUAGCGGGCAAGCCGCCCUCCCCUGGGCCGCUGUCAAACUCGUCCUUGGGUUCCUUGUAAAUUACCAGAAGCAGAAGGACGCCGUCAUAGCAGGUCUCGCCACUGUCACGUACGUGCUCACAUACUACGCUGAGCUCGUGGCGCUUUACGUCAGAAACAGGGCCGCGCCUCCGUCCGGUCAAAACCCUGGGGACCCGAGCCAGACCUUGAUUGGCCACCUGAAAGAUUCCAUCGUCGCAGUCUACGCCCGGACGCUGCAGUUUCUUGGCGAUGUCAUCGGAUUCUAUGGCGAGCAGCCCGGGCCGUCCGACGAAGCGACUGGCAAAACAGGAAAUAAGACGACCGGUACAUCUCUACGUAAUGCUGCCCAUAAGCUCCAGAAGCAGCUGAAGCGAAAGGGUGACGCUCUCAAGCGGGCUAUCUUGGACACUGAAGAACCUUACCUGGCUUCUGUCUCGGACAUCGAGGCCGGGAGAACGAAGGUGGACUUGUGGGUGAAUCUGGUUAGGCGCGAAACCCAACUGCAAAUGGCUGAGUUGCUUGAUGGAAUCUCCGCAUCACUGCAAAAUCGCCAGGACCGAGAGUUGCUAGAUUGGCUAUCCGACUUUUCCUCCAUCCGGGACCAUGCAAACUUCAGCUUUUCCCGGCUGUUCGACGCCGCAAUGUGGAUCCUCCACCUCGACGCAUAUCACCAUUGGAUGGUGUCGUCAACGGCCUCUGCGCUAUGGAUUCACGGGUCCCUCGGCUCCGGGAAAUCGACGCUAAUGUCACUCAUUGUGGAUGGCUUUCUGACAGACCUCCGCCCGCAGCCGUCCGCGCCUGUGGUUUUCUUCUAUUGCGGCAAUCUACCUCGCACGGCCGACGAGUGUGCUCGGGACAUGCUGCGCCAGCUCGUCCAGCUAAACCCGUCGACAAGCCCUAUGGCCCUGAAACUUGCCCACGGUGCUGGGAGGAUGCCCGACGGCAGAGAGUGCCUCGAUAUGUUGAACAGCAUAAUUACAAGGGAUAACUACAGCGUCGUUACCUUUGCCAUUGAUUCUCUGGAUAAGAUGGCAUCACCGAAAGACGGAAGUCCGGCAAAUGCUCUGACUCCAAUGGGCCUGCUUUUAGACCUGGUUAAGCUGGCCCAGAGGAAGACCAGCCAGUGUCUCGUCAGGAUAUUGGUCACAACGCAAGGAAGAAAUAGCGGGGUGGAGCGCGUUUUCGCGGAUAAUCGCGCCAUGUUGCAAGCUCGCGAGAUUUCCGUGGAUAAUGAAGCACCCAACAACAUCCGACAUUUUGUGGAACACAUCGUACACAACUGGAGCAGUGCGGACUUCCUGCCAUCUGAACCCGACGACCUGACAGCAAAGGCCAAAUCGGCAGUCAUUGAUUAUGUGACACGCGGCGCAGGCAAGAUGUAUCUAUGGGCCAUCCUUACGCUCAACAGGAUUCGAAACAAUCCGGCCCUAACACGGGAGCGGGACGUGCAAACCCAGCUCAAACAGCACCGGCUUCCGAGCGACAUCCUCCAGUCAUACGAAAAGAUCUGCUCCGGUCUUCAAAGCGACAGUGCCGGGGGAUUACCGAGCAGCGGAAACGCCCAGAAAGCUAUGCACUUGCUGUUUUCCGCGCGAAAGCGUCUGGCAACGCAUGCGCUUGUCGAAGCAGUUUGCCCUUCGGUUGCCAACGGCCGUGCGACCGGGGCCGCCGGGUACCAGACUACGGCCCAGGACAUUAUCCAAUGCAGCGGGGGUCUGAUUGUCGAAGACCGGGACGAAGACGUUUUCGUUUUUUUCCAUCCAUCCGUGGAACAGUACCUCGAGAGCCGCCCCGACUAUCUGCUUCAGUCAAACGCCGCCAUGGCCAAGGCGUGCGUGUCGUAUCUCCUUGAAUUCUCGACCCUGGCGCAGCGGGCCCGUGGGCGAGGAAGAAACACCAAGGGGCCGUCCGACAGCAGGUUGAGAAACCGAUCUAGAUCGAGAAGUCGAUCCAGAAGAAGACAGUCCAGAGCCGGCGGCCGGAGCCGGAGCCGGAGCCGGAGCCGGAGCUGGAGCGGAGACGGAGACGGAGACAGAGACGUUGCACCUAGCUACUCGGUCAGCCGGGGAAGACGGCAGCCCUUGAGGACGAACAGACGACAAAAAGUCAGCGGUGAUGACCUUGUGCUCCAGGAUUUUGAAGAAUAUGCCCACAUCUACUGGGCGACGCACUUGGCCGCAUCGCGGGCGGCCGGGAAGCAAGUUGCCGAUUAUCAACAAUUGCUUACUGAUACCUCCAUGCUACUCGACGGCAGAGGUUUGGCUUGGAUGCAAGGCGUGCACAAGUUGUUGUCGCAAAGGCCGAUGGAGUUCUACGGCGCUACAGUUGAGCUGCAGCUGCAGCAAUGCAUGUGCUCUCAUUCCCGUGCAUGGCUACUGGUAUCCGCAGUUUACGGCCUCCCCGAGCUCGUCGAACCCCGACUGAAGUGGGAUCGUCCGCCGUCGUGGUGGAACAACAGAGAGGUGGUGAACGACAGCGGUUCAUCAGCCUUGCACCUAGCCGCCAAGUUUGCCCAUAUUCCCCUGCUCAACCUCCUUGUCAAGAUUGGUAUAUACCCCCAGGUAUUUUGGGAGCGGGACGGUGAGCAGAAAUAUGCGCUACAACAUGCGCUCGAGAAUGUGACCAGUCCACCAACGAAGCAGGAGCUCAAGACAUGGAUUGACCUGUACAGAACGCCAAUGCCCACGAGCGAGAUUGUCCCUACCGCAAUCCGAUCCGCAAUGCAGAAUCCUUUCUGUGCCGAGGAGUUGGUCGAUGUGAUGUUUCGAUUGUUUCCGAGCAUCCAGUACGACAACAAGCUUCUGCUCGAGGCUGCCGUGAGCUACGCGCACUGCUCAGUCGGUCUUCUCAACAAAAUCGUUACGACCGACUCUGAACUUGGCGAAUCCAUUCUCAUCGCUGCGGCCAGGUGCUCUAGCGACACGAGAACGCUCUCGACGCGCAUGGGGAUAUGGGAUCGACUGGUCCCCGAGGGUCAAGGCAAGCGACUGGUGACGGAUCAGGUCGUCGUGGCCGCGAUCAAGGCUGGCAAUGUGGACUUAACCGACCGUCUACUCGACGUCAGCGACCUGGUGGUCUCGAGCCAGAUGCUGGAGCUUGCGGUCGCGCAUCCACGGCACGCUCUGGGCCUCGUCGAGGUGCUCCUAGCAGGUGACGAGGUGGUUGAGACGACCGAAAGUAUCCUGGCAUCGGCUUUGUCCAACCCGGCGGUCAGCACAGACCUCCUCAAGUUGCUGCCCAAGCCUCGUCACGAAAUUAAUAUCACGGAACCAAUGCUGGUCCUGAUGGCUGGGAACCGAGCUUGUGGUGGCGAAUUGCUGCACUACAUUGCGAGGAUGUCACGCAUACGAGUGGGGAAACCGACCGCUCCUGUAUUUCAAACAGCUUUGGGCGUGCUGAAUUUGCCGUUUCUGGAAGAGAUGCGCAAAUUGUGUCGGGGGCGCCUUAGCGAUCGAUACAAGCUGGACAAGGAGGAGCUGCUUUUGGCGCUUCGCCAGCCCUUCGGAGGUUCCGGUUUGGACCAGCCUCUCGCCGCAUGUUAUCCCACGACGCCCACACCGCUGACUCGUCCCGAACGCUCCUGGGACUCUCAGAUGGCCGAGGCGAUGAAGCUUCUGGCCAGCUGUUUUGAGGGUGACUGGCUCGCCCCUGUUAUCGAGUUCGAGGAUACAUGGCCAAUGGCGGAACACCAUGGGCCUGCAGUGAUGGGCUUCCUGUUUACUGCUACCCACGAAAACAUCCCGCCCCCGCCCAUAGAGCUACUUCUUGCAGCAGCGAGGAAUAGGCAGUACGGUCCUGAGAUUUUCGAACUUAUUUCGAAGGCGCCCGGCUGUGGAAUCGGCGCACUGCUCCACCGAUAUCCAGAAGUUGCUACAGAGGUUAUCCACAGAGGCGCCGCCCGUCUUUUGAAGUACAUCCAAGAACGGAAAUCAGAUCCGUUUGGCCGUUCUGCUGGGCUCAACAUGCGCGCUGCUGCUUCUAAUCCAGACCCAGGAGUGGCCAAGAUAAUCUUUGGAAAGUUCAUUCCUGUGAAGAUGGAGGAUCUCGUGACGGCAGCCGGCAACUCGGACGACGUGCUGGAGUGCCUCAUGGAAAUGCCUACAGCGCCGCGGGAAAGGCCGGCGCAACUGCUGACAGCCAUCGCGGGCGGUUGCAAACGAACCCGGACGCUGCGGCGGGCGCUCGAAGGGUCGACGGUGCAGCUGGGAACGGGCGGCACCCUCGACGCGGACCUCGCCCUUGCGGCCGCGUCCAACAGGCACGGCAUCGAGAUGCUCAUAUUCGUGCUCGCUUGCUCCUCCUCCCAGCUCGGCCGCCACGGAAGGAGCGGCGGAACCCCCACGCCCGCCCCCAGCCUCGCCGACAAGCUGGGAACCCUACCGCCGGAUCCGUACAAGGUCUUGGACCUCCCCAAUAACGCCAAGCUGGACGUCAUCAGGAAGCGGUACCGGGAGCAGGUGCUCAAAUGCCACCCGGAUAAGGUGCCUGAGGCUGAAAGGGCCGAGGCCAUCAAGCGCUUCAGCGCCGUCCAGAACGCCUGGGAGAUCCUGGGCGACGCCGGCAAGCGCGAGGACUACCACGAGCUCGUCCAGCAGCACAAGCUUGCCGAGAAGCGCCGCCCGGAGAUUAGCAGCUCGAUGUUCGAGCGCGCGGCGGCCAACACCGGGGCGGCGCCCGAGAUGCUCAGGGUGCUGCUCAACCGGUGCGCCGACGAGGACGUUGACAAGCUCAUCACGCGGAAAGUCCUCGCGGCCGCGGCAUCCAAUGUGAGGGAAGGGGCCGAAGCGCUCCGCGUGUUGUUGAUGGAGGGGAGCGCCGCUACCAGGGUAGACGAGCAUGUAAGGGCUGCGGCGCGCACGGAGGAGGCGCGGGAAGUUCUCGCUAAAGCGCGUGAAGAGGUCCUCGAGAUGAUCAUGGGUCGCGGGGAGGUGAAGCAGAACAAGGAGGCACGUCGUGGCCUUCCCCUGAUAUGAAUUUCCACCCCUGUUCAUGCUGAACUUGGCUCACAGCAGCCAGAUCACGCUUCAUCUGUCGAUAUUUGAGUACGCCCUCAAAGGCUCCCCUCCAAAAAAAAAAAGAAAAAAAAAGUCAAAUGCCAUAGUUCCUUCCGCUGCAAGUGAAGAGACUCAUCGAAACGAUCAUUACGAAAUCUGGCACAUCGCAUAAUCCUUCAAGGAGGCAGACAUGCUGCCUCGGGUAUCUUCAUCAGAGUAUUCUUCAUGACCCAAAUUUUACCAAGGCUCGUG